GGUCUACACAGCCUAUUGUCCCGAUGUCUAUUGUUCAGUUCACUUUUGAAGUAAAGUGCAACUGUCCGCACAUGUUAUGCAGCUUCUUCAAACGGGAUGGCUUUUACAUUUCUCCAAUGUUUUCUCCUUAUGCGUUAUGUUUCAGUGGUGCUGGCCCAUUUGCCUGUACCUGAAAACGUGAACGUGACAUCCAUCAACUUGGGUGUGAUCCUGGAGUGGGACAGGCCAAGUUAUUCCCUAGGCAAGCUCACCUACACAGCAGAAUAUAGGUCCUCGAUCUCACGUACCUUCCAGACCGUCUGCGACAAUCAAACAGAGCACAGGUGUGACUUCACCCAUGUGAUCGUUCCUGUUGGCAUUUUCCUGUUCCGUGUGAGGGCGGAGCAGGGUCAGAAGACCUCCAGGUGGGUGAGGACUGAACAGUUCUUCCCAGACAAGCACACCAUUAUUGGAGGUCCCACAGUGAGGCUGGUCUCUAGAGACGGAAACCUAGAGGUGGACAUUCGAGACCCUGCUAUGGAGGGACACAAAAAACUAAGUGACAUCUACAGCUCAGUGGGGUACAAUGUCAGAUACUGGAAAGAGGGAGAGGAGGAUAAGGCCACUGUGAUGAAGGACAGGCAGCAGAACGGCCUGGUACUGAACCAGCUGGAGGCAUGGAGUAGGUACUGCGUGCAGGUCCAGGUCUUCAUUGAGCUGUACAAGAAGACUGGAGAGUUCAGCCCAGUGAGAUGCGAGGCCACCACCUCAGACGGUAAGGUGGAGACCUGGAUGAUUGCACUCAUCUUGGUAGUCAGUUUUGUGGUGGUGUCUGUGACUUUGCCAUUGCUGUUCUUGGUGGCUUGGUACUUCUACAAAGGCCUGAAAUUCUUCUAUCCCACCGACAACCUGCCCGAGAACUUAAAAAAGUACAUAAUGGAGCCACCCCACCAAUACAUCCUCAAGGCCAUGCAGAACAGCUCCCUGCAGGAGGAACAAUACCAGGAGGUCAGCAUAAUAUCAGAGAGCCCCCUGGUGGAGGAAGGACCACUCUGCAGCAACACAGAGGAGCAGAAGGGAGCGGACCAAGGGGUGAUAUAGGUGGGGCACGUGCGGCCACAAAAUAAAAAAUAAUUUGAAAAAGAGUAAAAGCAGCAAAUGGCUCACACAUAUAGUGAUUUUGAAGAUUUUGCCAUCUCCUUCACUGGAAGAAAGAACAUUGCAAGCUUUCAAGAUACCUAUUGAAUUUCACUAAAGUCCCAGUCAAUAAUAAUUUUAAAAUGGCUUCCUGAGAACUUGCGUCAGUGGGAGGCUUUUUGUCCAAAGCACUUUAGACUUUUCUGGUUUUUCUAUAACUUAUUUUUAGACAUCACUCCUUCUGCUUCCUUUGUGUAAACAUUUUGUGUAAAUCAUUUUGUCCAAAUGUCCACAAACAUAAUAAAUGCAUGUUGUUCA